AUGUUAACUAUUAACUGUAAAGUUCAAACAUGGUUUAAAAACACUUCAUCCAUUAGAAGUCGUUUUAUCGAAAGUGAUGCGUAUAUAGCUGGUAUAAAGAUUACCCCCAAUAAACUAUCAAUUACGGAAGGUGGCAGACCAGUCAACGUUACAGUUCAAGUCACAGCACCAAUCAUUUGUGCAGAUCGGACUCGUGCUUGUUAUGUUGAAAUAGGAUUUAGUCAAUCGCACCGUGAUAUAUUUUUAAGCCGAUGUGUGUUAAAGUUUAGAUCAAAUCAGACUAAUACGCAAUAUUUGACACUGAGAACUAAGGAUGAUUUUGUAAACGGUAUAAAUAAAAGUGUUAUAGUUUCGCCAGUAUUACAGAAAGUGAUGAAUACCUAUGAUUGGAAUUGCUAUCAAAGUAAACCUAUUCAAGUUGAAACUAAGAACGUUUCUCCUGGUUACUGCACUGUAACUGGUGAUCCUUAUGUUACAACAUUUGAUCGUAUAUGGUAUGCCUUCUUCAAUGAUGGAGACUUUGUUCUUGUCCAAAGUACGAAGAACAACUUUAAGGUUCAAAUACGCUUGUUUAAAUGUGUCAACGAAGUAACUUGCGCAUGCGCUGUAAUAGCGCAAGAAAAUGAUGACAUCUUAGGAUUCAACAUGUGUAAUAGAACGUCACCAAGAACCAUCUUUAAAAGUGGACAUUUAAGUCCAGGCACGAGACCAAAUAUAGUGAGAGGAACUAAUAGAUAUUUUCUUAAAUUUGCAUCUGGGGUACGGAUUAAUUUUGACGUUGAAAAAAGACCUGGAAGAAAGUAUCCAUUUGCUAAUAUAGCUGUUCAUCUUCCACCGCAAUAUUAUCGAACAACCGUCGGUUUGUGUGGUACCUACGAUGGAGAUAGUAACAAUGACAUGAUUUCAAGGGAUGGCACCAAAAUUUCAAAUGAAAAAACUUGGCCUGCUGAAUCUAAGUUUGUGAAUAGCUGGAAAUUACGAAACAAAACAAGUUUAUUCUUCUUGAGACCUGCCAACAGAAGAUGCCGUAGGGCACCUCCAAGGACAAGUGAAGAUACAUUAUGUAAUUGUGAAAAAAGAGGAAGCGACAUAUCCGAAAGUUGCACCUAUGAAAAUGUCGUAGUUCCGCCAUCAUUUACACAAGACGACUAUCAAACGUUUAUUUCCGCCGCUUUUUUAAAAUGUCAAACAAGAAAGCGUCGAACUACACCAAAUAAUAACGUAAUCAUUGUACCUGACGAAGAUGAUGAAUCAUUAUAUGAUUACGAUCCUCCGGAUUCUGUUUUUAUUGCUCCAAAAUGGCCUACACCGACUGGAAAAAUAGAAAAGGAUGUUGAGCAGAAAUGUAUGAGUGGUAUUCUAAAUUCAACGACUGGCAGCACGUGUUCAAAAUUAUUGAAGAAAGAUUUUGAUUUAAAUGCUUUUAAAAACGAAUGUAUAUCAGACGUGCAGGUUAGAAGACAUUUAAACUACUUAUUUGUCAUUUCUAUAUAGCCUAAUAUUUGCCAUUUGUAAAGCAUCACAUGGGAAAUUAUAAAAUGCUAAAAAAACAGGCAGGUACAAAAACUUAGCCAUUCCAUCUACGCAUAAAAAAUGCAGCUCAGAGAUACAUAAUAUAGAAUUCAAAAGCGCAUAUAGAGAAUUUAAACAAAUAAGAUUUACUGUUUUUGGCAAACAACGUGUUUCCCCAUGGCUCACUGUAGAUGGGUUAAACCCAUUGUUUGUUUUCCUCAGAAGCAUUAAGGACUAUUUGGUCUCGUACAGCAACUGUUGAGAGAAGGCGGUUCUACUGUAAU